GCACGCAGAGACUGAGCUCUGGGCCUUCUGUGGAACAGAUCACCCUGUGAGAGCCCGACGGAAGCACCGCGUGUGCACUCGUCGGUACUUUCUGCAGGAUUCCUGUCCCAAAGGAGAUUCCGGGAUAGAGGCGGUCUUAGGAAGAGGGAAGCCAGCUCUUUCCAAGGGCCGGGGAAGUUCCUGCAGAGAGAGCCUCUGGAACUUCAGCUUCCUCUGAGCCUUCAGCAGCCAUGUCUCAGCAAGGAGACGACCGCGGUUCCAAUUGCUGCCGUGUGAGUGGCAAGAAGUGGCGCGGUGCGGUUCCCCGCGGUUGGGAGCAGCAGCCAGCAGGCUGCCAGAGAUCCAACCGCGCCUUGCAGCGCACAGAGGGACGCAACAGGGACGGACGGUCCUUCCUGCCAUACAGAAGGAUGGAUCCUGCGCGUCCAUGGAGUGGUGCUGGGCAAGGGGGGAAACGGAAAGCCUCCGCAGAGAGAGGUGCCGAGCCCAACGGAAAGAUCUACGCAAAAGCGGUGCAGGAAGUCCUUCUGGAGAGAGCUCAUCUCCAGGCUGGAGGGCUUCCUACAACAGCAGGUCCCAACACAGGGGGAAGACCUUCCCCUGCCGUGUGCCCCCGCUCUGUCUCCAAGUCCUUGGCUGGAUGUAAACGCAAAGGCUUGGAAGAAGCGAAGCCAACAGCAGCGCAGCUGCCUGCUAACAAAAGAGUGAGGGGGCCGAGCGGAGACAGCGUGCCAGCUCCAGCAGCACACCCUGGGCCUGCUGCAGCGCGGAGCUCCAAGCUAAGAGCGAGAAGACGCCAAGAGAAAGAGAGGAGAGGGGAAUCGAUGAAGGCUGCCCUCAGAGCUGCCGCUGCACGUGCAGAGGCCUCCGCAGUGAACAGCCUUGUGGAGAUGAUGCAGAAGCUGCAGCUGAAGGACUGAGAGGAGGAGCGUCAGCAGGCAGCGGCUGCAGUGCGCGGCGUUACAGGGCAGCGCUGCGAGUGCUGCCCACCUCAGCACUCCAACUUCAGAUGGAGUCAAUAAAUACCAGACACAAUGAGAGA